AGCUGUUAAUAUAUCGCUGCGCAGUUGAAGCUGUAAGGGCCCUCUUUUGAAAGAGGAAACGACGCGGAACGGCGCACACGUUGUGUGAUCAAUCGCGCUCUCUGUGGGGCGAUGUUCAACUGCGAAUUUUUUGUGGUCCAGUGAAGUGUACGGGGAACUCAAAGAACGUAACUCUAUGAUUUUUUUGAAUUUUUGGAUGGUAAAUAGUCUGCUUUUUUUUGUCAGCGUUUGAGACCAAAUCUACUUCUUUUCUAAGUUAGCUAGCAAAGAAGAAUCUCAUUUAGGCACAACACCUAUUAGCUUAUCAACUGCCAAAUGUUUUUCAGACAUGCCACAUUUAGAAAGAUGGUAUAAUUUGCUGAUAGCGGCCGGUUUUGACUCUUCGGAUGCGCAGAAAUAUGGGCAGCUGUUCCGGGAACAAGAAGUCAAGGUCAGCAUGAUUCUGAACCUCACCCACGAGGCCUUGUUGAAAAUGGGCGUCACCAAGGCCAACCAUCGCAUAAAGAUACUUCGCAUGGCGGACGUGUAUCAGCUGGAAAAAGAGGAAGCUAACGGCAAGAACCCGCCGGCUGACGCCGUGUCGGAGUGCCUCCAGGCAGAGGAGACGACAGGCGACAAGAGGAACUCCGAUCAUUCUCGGAGGUCCGGCCAGAGGACGGAUAGAGCGCCCCUGCAGGCGUCGUCUUCUCAACCGAUCGAGUUGUUGUACAGCGGUGGCAACAGUCCCAACACCACUCAGAAGACCGGUGCGCUGAAGCGUACCAUCAAACACACAUCCCUCGAUGUAAAGGGUAGCCCGUUGAUAAAAGAUCAGGUAUCUCCGAGGACUCACAGUAUAACCUCGGGCCGAGACGUCGCAUCUAAAGACACCAUUGAUCGCUCAGACGCGUAUCCAAGUUCAGAUUCGUCGGACAGGUGUCCCCCGCCCCUCGAAAAAUCGUGGCAACCCGGCGACGUUUUUUCGGAUACUAAAGGACUAGACGAGUGCGACUUGCAGAACUUAAGUUUGAGUUCCGACGACGAUCUGUACUACACCCUGCUUAGGUCGUUACCCGCUUCCGAGCGCGAGUCGGUUUCGAACACAGGCGCGCAGCUUCUGGAGGAGAAGUCGAAAGAGGGCGCGGAGGCGCCCCCGUCGGACCAGAUGGAGCUCAAGUACUACGUGGAAAACGACUUGAAGAUGAAAACUGUCAAAACGAAAGCGAACAUGCAAAGUUUUGUGUCUGGAAUUUUGGCACAAAAUGAAAACUUGAGCUCGGACAUCACGAUAUUCAGUUUUGACAACAAGACAAACAAAUUGAAAGUUAUCAAGGAGUACUCGCCGAUUGUGAAUGAUGAGAUAUACUACGUCGUCGAAAACUCGAAGUUGAAUCACGUGUCCAAGCUUGAGAAAAAAGCCAAGAAAGGUCAGUUUGGCGCUUCGGGCGAAAAGAUCACGAACCAAGUGUACACAAGCGACAACAACCCCUUGCAGGUCGACUUCCUGCCGGACGACGAGCUCUACAUGAACCAAACUGGUCGCUUGGGACUGUGCAUGUGCAUUGGCCGCAAGAAGAGGAAGCUUCAUCACGAAUGGGACCGAGACAUGACCAAGGACCUAAAGCGCCUGAAGACGUUCUUUCACUGCGACGUACUCGUUUCCCUGAUUAGGCAAAACGAAAUGAACUUGUUGAAGAUUCCGAACCUAAUCGAGGAAGUAGAAAAUUUAGGAAUCGAGUCGAUUCACUUCCCAAUUCUGGACAAAUGGAUUCCAGACAGCAUGACGAGGGUCAUUGAACUGGUGUGCGUGCUCGUCAGUCGCCUCCGAUCCGGAAAGUCUGUGAUUAUUCACUGCAACGGCGGAAAGGGAAGAUCUGGAACAAUCGCAGUGGCCUGUUUGGUCGCCAUGGGAAAAAAAGUCUCUUCGGCGAUCGAAGCGGUCAGAAAGGCGCGUCCCGGCACCAUCCGAAAUCCGCUGCAAAUCAUUUUUGUGAAGCGGUUCAAAAGGGCCUACAAAGCCUACGUCAAGAAGGCCUCUCUGACGCGCCACGUGAAGCACGCGAUAGAAGAAGACGAGGCGUCAUCCUCCGAACACGAAGCAGCGCCGAGCUCGCUGCAAGAAAACCAGGAGUUGAGACACGUCGCGGACGCGUCCGAAGACAAAAAGGGCAAGAAGGCCGACGAAAAGGCGGCGAAGAAGCCGUCUUCGAAGCCAGCGAAAAAGCCGACGAAACUGGCGCAGGGACCGAAAGGGGGACUCGACAGGAAGAGCGACCAGAACCACGGCAGCUCGAAGAACGGGUAGGAGAGUAGAAAAAGAUGUUGCGCUAAGAAAGUGAAACCUUCCAGCUUGAAGUUGUACAUUAUCUAUCGCAGCUAGAAGUGCGUGACCAAAAGCGUCGUGUGUGGUGAUGUAUGGUCAG